GUCCUUGCCCGUGCAGUACAGCGAGCGAGCUAUUUCAGUAUUCAGGGUAUUUGCUUGAGAAUCAGCAGCUGGUGAGAGAGACGUGAAGUCUUCCCUGUCUCAUGGUCUCAUAGUGUUUAGCUUACUGCCAGAAUGCCAAUUCCCCAGCUGUCUCUCCAAGAAAUUUAUGGAGAUAUCAGUGAGCAGCAAGCUAAACGGUAUGCUACUCUGAAGGAGUCCUUUACCCAGAAGUAUGGCCGUGCGCCGGAUUUCUUCAGCCGUGCACCAGGCAGAGUGAACAUUAUUGGAGAGCACAUUGACUACCAUGGCUAUGGUGUGCUGCCCAUGUCUAUCAACCAAGAUAUUGUGUGUGCCGUCGCUGUCAAUCACGACAAGCCCGUCCUGCGCUUGGCCAACACACAGUCGCAGUACAAGGACUUCAUCUGCACUGUUGAUGAAGUAGCUAUCAAGGGCAUCGACUGGCAUGAGUACUUCUUGUGUGGUUGGAAGGGUGUUGUCGAGAAUGCGUCACUGUCUUCACCGUGCGGCAUGGACGUGAUGCUAGAUGGCUGUGUGCCCAAGAGUUCGGGCCUCUCCAGCUCCUCGGCACUGGUGUGCUGUGCGGCAAUGUGCACGGCACGUGCCAACCAGAAGGAAUACGAGCAGGUUGUCAUUGCUGAUCUGUGUGCAAAGUGUGAGAAGUACAUCGGAACCAUGGGUGGCGGAAUGGACCAAUCGAUUUGCUUCCUUGGUGAAGUUGGCAAGGCGAAACAAAUUGAGUUCAAUCCACUGCGCGCUACUACAUGCCACCUACCGGAGUCCAUCUCUUUCGUCAUCUCCAAUAGCUUGACGGAGAUCAACAAGGCUGCACCGUGCAGUCAGUUCAACGUGCGAGUCGUGGAAGGUCGAGCAGCUGCGCAGAUAUUGGCAAAGAACCAUGGACUGGAGUGGCGAUCCUUCAAGAAGUUGAAACAGGUUCAAGAUGCCCUUGGCAAGUCAUUCGAUGAGAUGAUGGAGCUGGUCAAGGCAGAGCUUGAGCCCGGUCUCUACACUCGACAACAGUUGCAGGAGAAACUGGAAGUGACGGACGAGGAGUUGUUGAGUGUGAUGCUGAGUCCGCAGACACAGACUGUGCAGCAGUUCAACGUCCAUAACAGAGCUAUGCACGUGUUCAGCGAGGCAGCUCGUGUUCACAAAACAUCAGCGACUGCUGAUGCCAGCGACGGAGAAAAGGAACUAGGUCGUCUGAUGACCGAAAGCCACGUGAGCUGCAGUCAGCUGUAUGAAUGCUCCAGCCCCGAGUUGGAUGAGCUCACUGCCAUCUGCAGAGAUGCCGGUGCACUCGGCUCAAGGCUGACCGGAGCAGGCUGGGGUGGCUGUGCUGUGUCGGUGGUGCCGACGGAACAGUUGGCCUCCUUCCUUGACAAAGUGCGGGAGAAUUUCUACAGCAAGGACCCGGAGCGCAUGGCUCGUGUCGAGACGGCUUUGUUUGCCACCAAACCGGGCUCUGGUGCGGCGUAUCUAUGUCUGUGAGCUGCUCUUUAGUCGGUGUCUUCUAGUUGAUUGGUGUUGCCGUUGCUUAUGUUCUAGCUAUUUCGUGUUGCGCUUGCUUUUCUAAUCCGUCCGCUCUCCUAUGUCUGUCAAUCUUUUCGACACUUUCGGUAGUCCCUCUUGCUCCAUGUCUAGUCCUUCAGGUAGUUUGAAUUUAUCCUUGUCUUGCUGUUGUCUGUGCCAGUUGUUCUGGCCGUCUUCUUUUGGAUUGUCUUUGGGAAUGUUAAGAGUCUUUCUGGUGCACUGAUUUCAAUUCGGUUUUUGAUUUUUCUGAGGGGUACACAGAUUGGGUUUAGAUAUAAUUUUAUUGGUGCAUGUAAUCAUGAAAGAAAUUUUCUUUAUUCUAGAUUGACUAUUUGUUGAUAUACUUGCCAUGAUACAUUCUACUCCAUUUGGAGCAGAGAA